AUGGAAGAAACGUUAACUGAUAGUGGAGUUUGCUACACCUUCAACUCAAUUGCGGCGGAAAAUUUAUAUCGAUUGGAAAGUUUACAUAAAAAUUUCAAAUUCACCAACAGAUCUAAAAAAUCGAACGAUUGGUCUCGAGAAACAGGUUAUAAUAGUGAUUCCAACAUUGAUGCGUUUCCCGAACGACCAUUUGGGAAAGGUUUGGAGUAUGGACUGUCUCUGGUUCUGUACGCCAGCUUGUUUGACGAUAACUUUUUUUGUAAUGGCCCAAGAAACGGAUUCAAAAUAGUCGUCCAUGCUCCAGAUGAAACACCGACGCUUGAUCACUUUUUCUAUCGAUUGGGAUUGCACGAUAGUAUGUCGUUGACGAUAAGUCCACAAAUUUCAACUACAUCACAAUCACUACGAUCCCUGCCUUACCAAGAUCGCCAUUGCUUUUUCUCCAAUGAACGAUAUCUGCGCUUCUUUAAAGUCUAUAACCAGCGCAAUUGCAUCGACGAAUGUAUUGUAAACUUUACGCAUAAAAUGUGCGGUUGCGUUAAAUUUUCCAUGCCAAGAAGCCCGGAAAUGCGAGAAUGCGACGCGAAAUUUUCCAGCUAUUUUGAUAUAGACGUAUCCAUGCUGACGAUCAGUAUCAAGGAAAAAUGGAUUUUGCCAACGAUUCGUCAGGAGCUGGUCAGCUUCUGUGAUGCCGCGGGAAGACUAGGAGGAUUGUUCGGACUCAUGAUGGGUGCCAAUUUGAUAAGCCUCUUGGAAAUCAUUUACUACUGUUUGAUCAAACCUUUGAGGAAUGCUGGACGUGCAUUCGCUAUACGACAAGUUUCGCCUUGGCAACAGUGA